CAGUGUUGUUAAUGCAUCCGCAAGUGUACGAACUCUCUUUGUUGUAAAUGGGUAGCAAUACCGAGCAGCUGAUGUUUUACCAAUGAGUUCGUACAACUGCAGUAUUGAGUAGGUCCGUGUGUCGGCGAUUCCCGUUGCUUUAUUAUUAGUGAAUAGGCAAAGUUUAGUCAUCGUUGGACAUUGGUGUGUAGUGGUCGAGGUAGUGGUACUGUGUGUUGUGUAUGGUUUUCCAUUCAGAAAACACUUUUCCACGUUUUUUCAGACAUAAGUGACAAAUUCUUUGAAUUGCCGAACUCCAUCUCCAUCGCUAUACUAAAUGCGGGUCAUCUGGUAACUGAUACUUUCCAUUAUGAAUGAAUCAAAUGAAUUGAAAAGCGUUACAAUUAAUCUACCCGACGACAAUGAGUUCGAUAGUUAUCAAGAGGGAAGCGCAACGUACAAAUCCAGCAAUGUGCGGUCUCCACCGCCAAGGGAACUGGAAAUACUUAACAAUACCUUUAGCGAAUCACAAAACAAUAUAUGCAAUGGUGCGAUAUCGAACGCAAUAAAUGGAAGUGGUCUUAAGAAGGUACCAAACAGUAACCCAACCAACCAGAAGAGGCCUAUGAUAGCAUUGACACAUUUACCGAAAAGGCCGCCUGUAGAUAUACAAUUCAUAGACCUUUCGUAUUCCGUAUCGGAAGGAAGGAAGAAGGGGUACAAGAAAAUUUUGCAAUCGGUCAAUGGAAAAUUUAGAUCUGGGGAACUAACCGCAAUCAUGGGUCCUUCGGGAGCUGGCAAAAGUACCUUAAUGAAUAUUUUGGCGGGUUACAAAACAUCAAAUUUGGAAGGCUCGAUAUUAAUAAACGGAAAAGAAAGAAAUCUGCGCAGAUUUCGUAAAAUGUCUUGCUACAUAAUGCAAGACGAUUGUUUAACGCCGAAUUUAACAGUAAAAGAAGCACUGAGGGUAUCUGCAAGCUUGAAAAUUGGUAAAGACCUGACAGUAACUCAAAAAGAAGCAGUGAUAGAAGAAGUGAUCGAAGUUUUAAAUUUAAACGACUGUGGCAGCACAUUAACCUGUAGCAUAUCCGGUGGUCAACGCAAACGACUAUCGAUAGCUUUAGAGCUUGUUAAUAAUCCUCCAGUUAUGUUUUUUGAUGAACCCACAAGUGGACUAGAUAGCUCAUCUUGCUUCCAGUGUAUUUCAUUGUUAAAAUCAUUGGCAAGAGGUGGAAGAACUAUAAUAUGUACAAUACAUCAACCGUCCGCUAGAAUCUUUGAAAUAUUCGACUACUUAUACAUGCUUACCGAAGGCAACUGCAUUUACAAAGGUAUCAUCAUGGGUCUUGUUCCGUUCCUUUCCUCAGUCGGCCCUCAAUGCCCCAGCUAUCACAAUCCGGCUGACUAUGUACUGGAGGUGGCUUGCGGUGAACACGGGGAUUACCUCCAGAAACUUAUCACUGCUGUGAAAACUGGAAAGUGCGAUAAGUUCGAUCAGAAAACGCCAGAAUGUAACAUGGUUACCACCACAAUCACAAACGAUAUAUCUAAGGAAUCCAGUCCAUUACCUUCCAGCAAUAAAACGUUGCCGGUACCUAACGGUGUCAAACAACCUACCACAAUAAAUUCGGGAGCGACGUGUACGACCGCCCUCCUAGAUUCGGCGGAAAACCUGCAAAUGUCGGAGAACGUCGCCAGAUUUCCAAUUUCCGGAUGGUUACAAUUCUGGAUACUACUAAAGCGCAUCGCCUUCACAACUCUGAGAGAUACUCAACUGACGACAAUGCGGUUAGCGGCAUAUUUUGUGAUAGGGUGUCUUUUGGGUCUAAUUUAUUACGAUAUUGGUAACGACGCUUCGAAAGUGAUGAGCAACGCGGGGUUAAUAUUUUUUACAAUAAUGUUUAUAACAUUCUCCGCUAUGAUGCCAACGAUAUUAACAUUUCCAUUGGAAAUGUCCGUCUUUAUACGCGAGCAUCUCAACUAUUGGUACUCCAUAAAGGCCUACUAUUUCGCUAAGACUGUGGCAGACAUUCCAUUUCAACUUCUGUUGACAAUAUGUUACAUGAUGAGUGUCUACUACAUCACAUCACAGCCAAUGGAACCGAUGAGGUUCGGAAUGGUGCUGUUAAUCGCCGUACUAACGGCGUUAGUAUCUCAAAGUAUUGGUCUUCUAGUCGGUGCUGCCUUCAACGUGGAAGGUGGCGUAUUUAUUGGCCCGAUCGCGUCAAUUCCUAUGGUGCUUUUGUCUGGAUUUUUUGUAAACUUAAACGAUAUUCCGGUUUAUAUUCGCUGGUUACCAUAUGGUAGUUACGUCAAGUAUAGCUUUGAAGGUAUUAUGAUAGCAAUUUACGGUUUGGAUAGACCUAAGCUACAAUGUAACCAAAUGCUGUGUAUAUUUAGAACUCCAAAAAAGUUUUUAGAUCAAUUAUCUUUAAAAGACGAUUUAAACACAUACUUAAUAGACGUAGCUGUUUUGAGUGCUAUCUUUAUUUUUAUUAGAUUUUGCUUAUUCUUCGUACUAAAGUUGAAGAUACUUGCCAACCGAUAAGAAUAAACAAAACUACAAUCAUGUGAUAGAUAUAGUUUUAAGUGCAUGUGAUAUUUAAUCAAAUUUUUAGUUUAGUACUACCAAUUUUUGUAUUGUGUUUUAUUUAUUUUCAAGAGAUUAUUAGGAAUUUCUACAGGAGCCUAAAAUAUUUGCA